AUGGCUUGGGCUCUUCUCUCUCUGCCUCUCAACCUCCCUCCCUCUUAUUCCCCUCUGUCCUCCAUACUCAAUCCUUUCAAACCCAAAUCCCAAAUAGGCUGGCUUGCAAGUUGUAGUGGCAGUAGAAGAAGAGCAAGAGUCAUAGCCAGUGCUGCCGACCAGGAAAAAACCGAGGACAAAGACAAAGACAAAGACUCGUCAGCUUUCAAUCCCUUUGGCUUUGUCACUGAUAACCCGUCAAGCCGCAGCGCCAUUCAGAUCAUUGAGAGCCCUGCAGAGUCUGGCAAUGUCGGCCAAAUGCUUUAUAGGAUAGAAGACAAGGGGAAGGAAUAUGGAAAAUACGUCAGAUCGGGGGAGCAUGUAUGGUUUGUGAGAGAAACUGGAUCAGCUGAGAGCCAAGGUGGAACAGUUAUCUUUCUUCAUGGUGCUCCCACACAAUCUUAUAGCUACAGAAACGUUAUGUCUCAGAUGUCAGAACUUGGGUUCCACUGCUUUGCACCUGAUUGGCUAGGAUUUGGUUUCAGUGACAAGCCACAGCCUGGAUAUGGAUUUGAUUACAAAGAAGAGGAGUUCCAUGAAGAAUUUGACAAAUUACUAGAUGUGCUGGGGGUCAAAUCUCCUUUCUAUCUGGUCGUUCAGGGAUUUCUUGUAGGUUCAUAUGGAUUGACAUGGGCCUUAAAAAACCGAAGCAGAAUAUCAAAGCUCGCAAUUCUAAAUAGUCCACUCACAGUUUCAUCUCCUGUUCCUGGACUGUUUAAGCAACUAAGAAUUCCUCUUUUUGGUGAAUUUACAUGCCAGAAUGCUGUUAUGGCAGAGCGCUUUAUUGAAGCAGGUAGCGCUUACGUCUUGAAGCUGGAAAAGGCUGAUGUGUACCGGUUACCAUAUCUUUCAAGCAGUGGACCUGGAUUUGCUAUACUUGAAGCGACAAGAAAGGCCAAUUUCAAUAAUAUAUCAACCCAAAUAGCAUCUGGCUUUGCAUCUGGAAGUUGGGAUAUACCGACUCUAGUUGCUUGGGGGAUUGCAGACAAGUAUCUGCCUCAAUCUGUGGCGGAAGAGUUUCAGGAAGGAAACCCUACUGCUGUCAAGCUUAAGUUGAUAGAAGGUGCUGGGCAUAUGCCACAGGAGGACUGGCCAGAGAGAGUAGUUACUGCUCUGAGAGUAUUCUUUUAA